CGUAUGGCGGGCGUAUAAGACAUUUCCGGUGUCUUUUUCCAUGUUUUUAUUAUGGACGGUGUUUUCCUUCUUAUAACAAUAACAAAUUUUCAUUCAUCUUCUUCCAUUCUUUUUCCUCCAUAUUAUUGCAGAGAAGAGUUUUUAAUAUGAGUAGGUGCGUCUAUUGCAGCACCGCUUCUGCAGUGAUUCACAAGAGUUUGUCGAAAUCUUCAACUCAAUUUCCAAUUCCUAAGAAUGCUGUAACGGUCAACAGAAAUUCUCGCUUGCGCGUCCACGUUUCUAUGGUGGACUCCUCCUCUUCUGAUUUCGCCAAGCGCAUCGAACGAGCCUGGUUAAUUUCCAAGCAACCAAGGCCAAUCGUGUGUUCAUCUUGCGACUCAAAAGGGCAUAUCGAAUGUAAAUGGUGUGCGGGUACUGGUUUUUUUAUCAUUGGUGAUAAUAUGCUUUGCGAAGUUCCAUCUAGAAACACUACCUGUAUCAUAUGCACCGGAAAGGGAUCAAUGUGUUGUUCUGAUUGUCAAGGAACAGGCUUUCGUGCAAAGUGGUUGGGAGAACCUCCUACUUCCUAGUACCAAAACUACUGCUCAAAUGGUGGUGGAGCGUGGCUUGUGAGUCCUGAGAAUUGUAGUUAUAUUAUACCUCGUCUUACUUGAAUCUGACAGAUCCUGCAUUCUCUUUAGCUUUAUUUUGAAAAAAUUGUCUGGUUAUUCAUUUUUUAAGAUUGAAUUGUUACUAAAAGCAAUCAAUUUGUACUAUCUUUGUAUGUUUAUUAACUUGUAUAAAUGUUGUUGUUUUACCAAAUGAAAUGGACGUUCAUGCUC